GUCAACGACUGAUAACCUGGUGGUACACGGAAAGCUGAUCAUUAACCUCUCCACCAACCUGUCAGCUCCGAACCGCAUGACGCAACCGCCACCUGCUUCAUCCAGCCGACCCUCCCUCCUCAGCCCACAGGCCUCUUCUCUUACCAACGGCGAUCGUGCCUCCGAAAGACCUUCAUCAGCCAUGUCGGGCCCCAACGGCACGCCGACGCCGGGUGCUCAGCUGACUAUGCCCCAUCGCCCAGCAAGUUUAGUAUCGACGCAGUCAGCCAACGCCCCUGGCGCUGCUGCUGCCAACGCUUCGAUAAACGGGACUGCUCAUCCCCGGCAAGCUACCAGUACGUUGAGCCCGUUUGAGGAUGCCCAGGGACGGCUACCGGCCGGCUGGGAGCGCCGGGAGGACAACCUCGGGAGGACUUACUAUGUCGACCACAACACGAGAACGACGAGCUGGAACAGGCCGACUGGCACGGGGUUAGUCGACGCCCGCGUUGCCGAGGCGAACACCCAGGUGGAGCGACAGAGACAUCAGAACCGUACCCUGCCCGAAGACCGUACCGGGUCGAAUUCGCCGACGCUCCAGGCCCAGCAAGCAGCGACCCAGGCCGCGGCCGCUUCGACCAUGUUGCACACGGGAACCACGACGGCAGGGACGGGUGAGCUUCCCCCGGGCUGGGAACAGAGGUGGACUCCGGAGGGCCGACCUUACUUUGUUGACCACAACACGCGCACCACGACGUGGGUGGAUCCGCGGCGUCAGCAGUACAUCCGCAUGUACGGCGGGCAGAACAACCAGGGUGGCACGAUCCAGCAGCAGCCGGUUUCGCAGCUCGGUCCACUGCCUAGCGGUUGGGAGAUGCGGUUGACGAACACAGCACGCGUCUACUUUGUCGACCACAACACCAAGACAACGACGUGGGACGACCCCCGGCUGCCGUCGUCGCUCGACCAGAACGUGCCUCAAUACAAGCGUGACUUCCGGCGGAAGCUUAUCUACUUCCGGUCGCAGCCGGCCAUGCGCAUCCUUUCCGGCCAGUGCCAUAUUAAGGUUAGGCGCUCGCACAUCUUUGAGGACUCGUUUGCCGAGAUUUCGCGGCAGUCGCCCACAGAUCUCAAGAAGCGACUGAUGAUCAAGUUUGACGGCGAGGACGGCCUGGAUUACGGUGGUCUUUCGAGAGAGUUCUUCUUCUUGCUGUCGCACGAGAUGUUCAAUCCCUUCUACUGCCUGUUUGAGUACUCGGCGCACGACAACUACACGCUCCAGAUCAACCCGCACUCGGGCAUCAACCCGGAGCAUCUCAACUACUUCAAAUUCAUUGGGCGGGUGGUCGGCCUCGCCAUCUUCCACCGGCGGUUCCUCGACGCAUUCUUCAUCGGGGCACUGUACAAGAUGAUUCUGGGCAAGCCCGUGGUGCUGGCCGACAUGGAGGGCGUGGACGCCGACUUCCACCGGUCGCUGCAGUGGAUGCUGGACAACGACAUCUCGGGCGGCAUCCUCGAGCAGACCUUCUCGACUGAGGACGAGCGGUUUGGCGUCAUCACGGUCGAGGACCUGAUCCCCAACGGGCGCAACAUCGAGGUGACCAAUGAGAACAAAAAGGAGUACGUCGACCUGAUGGUCAAGUGGCGUAUCCAAAAGCGCAUUGCCGAGCAGUUUGAGGCGUUCAAGGAGGGGUUCCAUGACCUGAUUCCGCAGGACCUGAUCAAUGUGUUUGAUGAGCGCGAGCUGGAGCUGCUGAUUGGCGGCAUCGCCGAGAUUGAUGUGGACGACUGGAAGAAGCACACCGACUAUCGCGGGUAUACCGAGACGGACGAGGUAAUUCAGUUCUUUUGGCAGACGGUGCGGUCGUGGGACGGCGAGCAAAAGUCGAGGCUGCUGCAGUUCACCACGGGAACGUCGCGUAUUCCGGUGAAUGGGUUCAAGGACCUGCAGGGUAGCGACGGGCCGAGACGGUUCACUAUUGAAAAGGCGGGAGAUAUCAACAAUCUGCCCAAGGCGCAUACUUGCUUCAACCGCCUGGACCUUCCUCCGUACAAGACGCUGGAGCAGCUGCAGCACAAGUUGACGAUGGCGGUGGAGGAGACGAUGGGUUUCGGGCAGGAGUAACAUUGCGGAGCGGGCGGGAUACACCAUUGGUUUUCCAUUUCUGCAUUUCCUUUUGCCCUCUCCAACGGAUGGUGUUGCGCUGGCUUGUUGUGUCGUUUUACCCUACCUAUUGCGUCCUUGUCCUCCCCUCCGUACCUCUUUUCUCUUGUCUCUCCGGAUGAACGGGGUCUCUUUUUCUUUUCUUCCUAAACAAGUCCUGUAUAUAGAUACAUGAUGACUGGAUGGGCUCUUUGUUGUUCAGUAUCGGCUUCGUCCUUUGCGUGCAACAUCGUCUGGUGGGCUGAGUUUCCUGGAUUGUGUGUCGAGUGUCGUGUGUUUGGGGGCUCAGGCAAACGGGGCGGAAACUGUGCGCUACCGUGACCUACA